UCGUGCAUUGCAUUCCCAAUUGCGAGUCGCGAGUCGCGACUCUGUAGUCUCUACUGUGGAGGCACAGACUUUAUAUAAUACUUUAAUGGUUUCUGUUGUCUGUGGUAGAGGUAGACCGAAGAGCCGAAAUGUGGUAAAUAAAUAAUUAAUAAAAUAAAAUGCAGGGCAGGAGGAGCAGGACGCAGCAACUCAGCAUUCAGCAAGGCUAUAUUUAAUUUCGGUUCAUUGAAAGUUUGCGGAAGCUAGUUACAUCCACUUUUAUAUUUGUUUAACGAGUGCAAGUUGAAAGUUAAGUGACACGGAAAUGGAGGAGAAAUACGGGAAUAAGAUUCAUUUGAAUCUAGUUCCCAAAAAAGAACCAAGUGAUGACUCUCAUGUCCCAGACAGUGGACUCCUGAGGAGUUUGCUAAAAAAGGAGGAAUCUCCCAGCGACGAAGAUGACAGGAACUCUUGUGCGGAGAGGACCAAUGAUGCAAAUCAACUAAAGUUACACGACCUUGACGUUUUGAUGAAUGAUUUUCUGAAAGACAGUGCAAACCCUAACAGUGAUGUAAAGGUGAAGUCUGAGAUGGACUCUGAAGAAUCUGAAGAAAAUGAUCAAGACUCACCAAUGGCUCAGGAAACUGAAGAUCUGUCAGACAAGGAUGUUUUUACACCUCAGGAGAUUGUUGAAUCUGAAAGUAACAGUAGCAAGAGUCAUUCCUCAUAUAGAAGGAAUCCCAGAAGGAAUGCCACAAGAAGCAAGACACCACCAGUAGUAGCAGCCACAUCAAAGGUAAUUGUUGAAUCUGAAAGGAAGAAAAGCAAGAGGCGUGAUAAAAGUAUAAAUGUCAGAAGAAAUACCACAAGAACUACAUCACCAGCUGUAGCAGCCACAUCAAAUGAAAACCAAACACCAUCCAUAGAUUCAGACACCGAAGUGGCAAUUGUUGAAUCUGAAAGGGACAGUAGCAAGAGGCGUGAUAAAAGUAUAAAUGUCAGAAGAAAUACCACAAGAACUACAUCACCAGCUGUAGCAGCCACAUCAAAUGAAAACCAAACACCAUCCAUAGAUUCAGACACCGAAGAGCAGCACGAGCAUACACACAGAGAUAACAGACCUCAUGUCUGUAAUAUAUGUGGUCAAACGUUCAAACUAAGAACCCAUGUCAAACAACACAUGGCUGUCCAUGGAAUCACCAGGAAUCACAAGUGUGUUGUCUGUGAGAAGACUUUUGCCAGGAAAACCCAAUUGAACACCCAUCUGUCAACUCAUUGAUUGGUGUUUGCACAAAUGCUUUAGCCAGAUCCUCUUCAGAAGAUCCAAAAGUUUACAUUAUUGAAUAAUACUGUUCGAUGAAAUGGCGACACUUCAGAUCACAAGAUCCAAAAGUACAGUCAUUACCAGAUAUAAAAUUUUACAUUGUUAAUGACCCUAUGGAAGAGAGUGUCCUUUAGACUUUUGGUCUUGUGAACCAAGGGUCAGAAAAUACAAAAUAUACCAUUCUGUAGUUCUAAAGAUCAGAAGAUCCAAAAGUAGGAAUUAUUGUGUGUUUAUUUUAGCCCCGGUAAAA